ACGUGUCGACGCUCGCUGCAAAGGCGACGACGCUGUUGGAGUGUUUGUCGCUGCUGCCAGCCGGGAAGAGCAAGAAGGGGAAAGGGGAUGGCCGCCGACGCCGCCUACGUGAAGCGGGUGCUGCUCGCCUGCAACGGCGGCGGCGACGCCGUCUCGCGGGGGGUCGCCGUCGGCCUAGCCAGGCACGGCUGCAGGCUGGUCCUGGUGGGCGACGAGGGCGCCCUGGCCGCGACGGCGGAGGAGGCGCGGCGCUGCGCGGCCGGAGGGGCGGCGGCCGUCGCGGUGGUUGGGCUGGACUUCGCGGCCUGCGACGAGGCGGCCGUCGGCGCCGCGGUGGAGGCGGCCUGGCGCUGCUUCGGGGACGGCGGACUCGACGCCCUGGUCAACUGCUGCUCCUACGAGGGGGAAGUGCAAGACUGCCUCAGCGUGACUGAAGAUGAGUACAACAAGACCAUGAAAGUCAAUGUAAUCACACCCUGGCUUCUGAUAAAGGCGAUCGCCAAGCGGUUCCGCGAUGCGCAGUCCGGCGGCUCUGUGGUAUGCUUGACCCAGAUCAUCGGCGCCGAGAGAGGAUUGUAUCCGGGGGCGGCGGCAUAUGGCACAAGUUUAGGCGCCGUUCACCAGCUCGUCAGACUAUCGGCGAUGGAGCUCGGCAAGCACAAGAUCAGGGUGAAUGCCGUCUGCCGCGGCCUCCACCUGGGGGACAAGUUCCCUGUCUCUGUUGGGGAGGAGAAGGCCGAGAAGGCGACCAGGGAGGUAAUGCCGCUGCGGCGGUGGCUGGACCCAGAGAAGGACCUCGCUUCCACGGUGCUGUACCUGGUCGGCGACGACUCCCGCUUCAUGACAGGCACCACCAUCUACGUCGACGGCGCACAGUCCAUAGUGCGCCCUCGCAUGCGUUCCUUCCUGUAGGUAUGGUUGCCCAUGUCUGGGUUUCCACAUUCCAUCAGGAUGACUCCUGAUAUGUUGUUUGUCGAAUAACAGUGGGUCUCUGUGAAUGCAAUAAUUAAUGGCAGAGUAAAGAUCAAAUUUGAAAA